AUGAACGACUUCUCCGCCACCCUUACCGGGAAGCCUAAGCUCCAGCUAUUAUGGCCUGAGCACGUUAACCUGCCAUUUCUCAACACUGCUCCUCACAGAUAUAGAAUUGGUCGCCGACGCACCAAGUCAAAAUCGAGACCUGGCAACGAGGAGCUCACCAGCCUCAAGACAUCUUUCAACGCCUGGGAUGGUGUUCGCGAUCUUCAGAAGCACCACUGGAGGACAUCAGACCUUCAAUAUGCCGUUGUCGGACUUCUCGUUCUCUUCUCCUUCUGGAUCGCUCCUCCAGCUCCUGGUGUCAAGCUGCUAGCUAUCAUGGGUACCGUCUGGGCUCUACUCAUGCCCGCCACUCGCCAAUUCUUCCUGCCAUCAGUCACGAUCUGGACCUGGCUCCUCUAUUUCUUUUGUAGUCGGUUUAUCCCCAAUGAGUACCGACCUCAUAUCUGGGUUCGAGUGCUUCCUGCUCUCGAGAACGUCUUGUACGGCGCCAACCUCUCAAGCAUUCUUUCCGCCCAUCAACAUUCGGUCCUCGACAUUCUCGCCUGGAUCCCCUACGGCUUGUGCCAUUUUGGCGCGCCUGUCGUCUGCGCUUUGCUCAUGUUCGUUUUUGCCCCCCCUGGCACCACUCCCGUCUGGGCACGAACCUUUGGUUGGAUGAGCAUUCUCGGUGUUACCAUCCAGCUUCUCUUCCCUUGCGCCCCCCCUUGGUAUGAGAUGGAGCAUGGCCUUGAGCCUGCUGCAUAUGGUAUGCCUGGAUCUCCCGCGGGACUCGCCCGCAUCGACGCCAUUUUCGGCAUUGACCUUUACACCACAAACUUCAGCACUGCGCCCGUUCCCUUCGGCGCAUUCCCGUCUCUUCACGCUGCGAACGCCGUCCUCGAGGCUCUCUUCAUGUCUCACUGCUUCCCUCAGUUCCGCACUUACUUCAUCAUGUACGCUGGUUGGGUCUGCUGGGCUACUAUGUACCUCAGCCACCACUAUGCAAUUGAUUUAGUUGUCGGUGGCUUGAUUGCCUCAUGCUUCUUCUACGCAGCCAAGGCCCGAUGGCUUCCUCGUCGCCAGGAGGGAAAGAUCACACGAUGGGAGUACGAAUACGUCGAGUACGGCGACCGCAAUGCUAUUUCCGACGAAGAGUACGGCGAGUACUUCGGUAUGGGACUCCUGGGACGCUCCCGUGCCGACUCUAGCGAUGGUUGGACUGUUGCCAGCUCAAGCUGUAGCUCCAGCAGCGGGACUCUCAGCCCGACUCUGUCCGAGGAGGCACUUCCUGGCAUGCUUGUAGACCUCGACACCAAUGGUCAUCUUUGGGAUAGCAGCGCGCCCGCCCGAGAUGUGGAGCUGAGCGAAGUUGUCGUGGUGCGGUAA